AUGACGACAAUGCAGAGCAGAGCAGAGCAAUCAACAGCAAUGUGUCAGACAGGAGGGACUGAACGUGCAGCUUUCAUGCAGCUUGCUGCAUCCCCACCCCUCGUCGCCCCCUUUGUCCUUCCCCCCCUCCCAGGUGACGUCAGUGCAGGAGCAGAGCACGGCCAUCAACAGCAACCUAUCGGAGAGGAGGGAGCGGACUGGCUGGCAGUGACGUCAGUGCAGGAGCAGAGCACGGCCAUCAACAGCAAUCUGUCGGAGAGAAGGGAGCGGAUUGAGCAACUGAAUGGCACUCGCAGCCUGCUGAGGAAGGCACAGUUCAUAUUUGAUCUGCCCAAGCGCCUCCGAACCUACUCCAAGAACCACCAGUACCGCGCAGCAGUCAAGGCGUAUGUGGGGGCUCUACCCAUCCUGCAGUCCUAUGGCGAGACUUCCUUCCGAACAUGCAAGAAGGAGGCUGAUGACGUCAUGGCUGGCAUCAGCAAGAGGCUACAGGCGCGGGUGAUGAGUGAGGAGGAGGCGAUGGAGCAGAGGGCUGAAGCGGCUGAGCUGCUGCAGGAGCUGGGCCACCAGGUGGGCCCUCUCAUGGAUGCGUAUCUGUCAACGCACUGGGAGCGGCUGAUUGGGGAGCUGAGGCAGGCGAGCGACGAGGUGGGGAGGAAGGAGGAGAGCGGCCUGGUUGACCCCACCGCUCCCUCUCAGACCUUUGUUGACGCGCUGAAGCGGGACUUCAUGAACGAUUUUGAGCACACAGCAGCGUCCUUCCGAGGGAUAUUCCCCAUGGGAGGGGACAAGCUCACUGAGGCCACCCGAUCCCUCUUCAACGAGUACAUCACAUACCUGCAGCGCUGCAUGCAGCCUUCCGACUCCCGCUCCUCGUCUGACCUUGUGUUUGCACUCAGGAAAAUCUCGCAAGACGUGGUGAAGAUGUCUGAGCUGGUCCCUGAUGCUGACCUGCAAGACAGAGCGGCAGAGGCCAUGGCAGCAGCAGUCCGCGAUCACAUCAUGCAGGGCUUUGCUCUCUUGGAGAUUCGAAUCACAGACGCAUUGCAUGCAGUGGCGGCCAAGCCAGGGGCACCGGGGUCUCUGCCCUCCCUCGCUGCUUCCCAGCCCAAGUCACUGCGUGGGGAAGACAGGCCGUUGGCAGCAGUGCUCGAGUCGGUGCAGGGACUCAUCCUCAACUCCUCUCUGCGGCUGCUGGAGGAUUUUAGGUCCCUCCUCCAUGACCGCGUUGACCUCCUCUCCUCCUGGACCGACGACUUCCUCUCUCUCGUGCAAUCACAGCUCUCUGUGCUCUUCGGCUCCCUCAACUCCCACUUCCUCACCCUCUCUACCCCUCCUCCUGCCCACGUGCAUCAAUCCCCCACCGGCACCGAACGCCCCCCUCCCUCCACCCCUGGGUCAGCAGGAGGACCUGUACCUAUGCUGGUGCUGCUGCUAGCGUGCCUCUCUCUCUUCAUCCAACGCACUGCCUUGCCCAAGCUAGCCACGAUUCUCGAGACCCAGUUCGCUCCUCGCAAUGUCCGAUUAGAUGAUGACAGCGAGCAGCUCUUCUCCUCCUCAGACCUCAUGCGUCAGUUUCAUGACACUUCCGAGAAGCUUCUUCAGCAGUAUGUGGAUCUGGAGGCACGGAAGCUGCAUCAGAUGAUCGCCAAGAGUGUAUCCACACCCAACUGGGUCAAGUACAAGGAGCCUCGGGAUGUGCGUAUGGUGGUGGAUUUGAUUCUCCAGGAGGUGGAAUCAGUGGAAGACUCAGUGGAGCAGCUGCUUGAACCCGGGGCUGAGCGCUCCCGAACCUCGCGAGGAGGGUCGGGAAGCAGCUACGGCAAGAGCCGCGGGAGUGCAGGCUCGGGAACGGGAGGAGUGGGGGGAGGAGGAGGGGGGGGCGGUGGGAGGAGUGGGAUGGGAGGCGGGCAGAAGGAGAGGGGGGGCACGAGGGGGAGGGUUUUGGAGAGGGAUGUUGCGAAGCUGUUUAAGCAACGAGUGGAGAUCUUUACAAAGCUUGAAUUCACUCAGGUAUCAGUGAUGGCCACGGUGGUGAAGCUCACUCUCAAGAGCUUCCAGGAGUGCGUGCGACUGGAGACGUUCAACCGAGGCGGCUACCAACAGAUCCAGUUGGAUGCGCUCUUCCUCUGCGAGUCGCUGCGGGCUUAUGUGGAUGAUGAGAGCGCCGUUGACACUCUCAUGGACGAGGUGAGCUGGGCCUGA